GGGGAUAAAACCCUGCCCUCCGACAGGUUCACCAGUCACUCACCUGCCGCCGAGCGCAAAAGGAUUCUUUGAACCGCUAAACUAGAAAAACAACAAAGAUGAGCAGGAUCCUAGUCGGAGUCGUCGCAGCCUUGGCAUGCUUCAUGCUGGUGGACUCCCUCACUUGCAACCAAUGCGCCUUCGGUCUUUUGGGCAUCUGUUUGUCCUCCACUGAGGUGGAGUGCUCCACCAACACCUCCCAGUGCUUUACAGGACGUGCAACAUUCGCCAUCUCCUCGGUGGGCUUCAACACCCAGGGCUGCAUCGAGGCCGUCAACUGCAACAUGACCACCAACAACACCCUGCUGGGCGUGACGUACAACGUGCGGGUGGAUUGCUGCAACACGGACAGGUGCAACCCCGUCCAGACCAGCGCCGCUCCGUCCACCAAGAUGGCGUUCGGCACCGCCGUCGGGGUUGCCCUCCUGGCCUCCAUGUGGGGGAGCCUGCUGUGAGGACCACUGUUCUCAUAAUUAUAGUCCCGCACCAACAGUACAGAAGACAGAAACCCUUGGACAAUAUGUACGCAUGAUCACUACAAUGUGCUCACAGCAUGGGAGUUGAACAAUGGGAUGUUUCGGAGAAACAUUGAGCUCGUAAACCUUCCAUGGUGCUUUUUUUUUUUAAUGCAAUUUUAUUUAUCCUUUGUACUGCUGUGUGUCAUAAUGCAAAAACAAAAAAACAUGAUGUGAAAAUAAAGUGCAAUUGACGUGAUGUUUUUGAUAUAA